AUGAAUAUACUACUGUUCUUCUCUUUAUUCCUCUUACUUUCUUCUCCGACAUGUUUGGCCCAAACCGACGACGGCGGUGACGGUGGCGGAGAUGACAACCAGCAGAUAACUCCACCGAAAGAAAUGAACACCUGUAAUGGCGUCUUUUUGCAGUAUACUUUUGAUUCUCGUGAAAAAGAGUUUCCCCAUUUGAAAAACGUGACUGCUCAGUCGUGGGCUUUUAAGUCUGAGCUGAUCGCCAUUAAUGCCGGCACCACCGAGGUGAAAGCAUGGAAGGCGCUUAUUGGGUUUCAUCAUGAUGAAGUGAUUGUCUCGACGGAAGGUGGGUCGAUUCUUAAUGGUGACAGUUUUCCGUUUAAGGUGGAUAAGAAUGGAACGUAUGUGACUGGUUAUCCUCAGGCGGAUCUAAAGACGGCGAUUGAUACCGCCGGUGAUAUAAAUCAGAUGGCGGCGAAGGUUAAGUUUAAGGGUACUUUGUUUGGAGGGAAGGUUGGAAAUGCUCCCAUGCCUAAGAAGCUUAAGCUCCAAAACGAUGGAUUCAAAUGCCCUGCACCCACCAAAAAACAGAAGACCAUGUACGUAUGCUGCAAAAAAGAUCCGAAAUUCAAGGUCAAAAAGAAGAAAACCAAAUUCUACCCACGUCAGGAAGGAGCGGUCUCUUUCACAUACGACGUCGUGCAAGCCACCGAAGGCAAUUACCUGGCUCAAGUAACCAUCGAAAACAAUCACCCACUCAGCCGUCUCGAUAAAUGGAACUUAACCUUCGAAUGGAUGCGAAACGAGUUCAUCUACGACAUGCGAGGUGCUUACACUCGCAAAAAAGACCUGUCUGAAUGCCUAUUCAGCCCUGCCGGCCAAUACUAUAAAGACAUGGAUUUCUCCAAAGUCGUCAACUGCGAAAAGAGACCAGUCAUCUCCGACCUCCCACCAACCCUAAAAAACGAUAAGAAGAUCGGAAAGUUCCCGUAUUGUUGCCGGAACGGAAGCAUCUUGCCCAAAAUCAUGAACGAAACUGAGUCGAAAGCCAUGUUUCAGAUGACUGUUUUUAAACUCCCACCUGAUCUUAAUCGGACCUCUUUCUACCCACCACAAAACUGGAAGAUCGAAGGUUACGUUAGCCCACAUUUCAAAUGCUCACAGCCCAUUAGAGUCGACCCGUCGGAGUUUCCCGACCCGAAAGGAACCGACGCUGCCAUCUACGCCAUGGCGAGUUAUCAAGUUGUUUGUAAUAUAACAAAACCUAAACCUCAACAAGCUAAAUGUUGUGUGUCUUUUUCGGCUUACUACACUGAUUCUGUAGUGCCAUGCAACACGUGUGCAUGUGGGUGUGAAGAUGAAGAUACGACCAAAUGUAACCCUAAAGCUCGAGCACUGCCGUUGCCGGCGGAGGCGUUGCUGGUUCCGUUUCAUAAUCGGACUAAAAAGGCAAGAGCUUGGGCUAAAUUGAAACAUAUUGAUCUUCCAAGAAAGCUUCCAUGUCCAGAUAACUGUGCCGUUAGUUUGAAUUGGCAUCUUGAUAGUGAUUUCAAGACUGGAUGGACGGCGAGAUUGACGAUUUUUAACUGGGGGAGCCACCCAUUUGAGGACUGGUUCGCCGGACUUCAGUUCAAGAAAGCGUUUAGGGGUUUUGAAAAUGUGUAUUCUUUUAAUGGAACGAAGCUUCCGAAAGUGGGUCGUCAUGGGACCAUUUUCAUGCAGGGUUUGCCGGGGUUGAAUUACUUGAUUCCGAUCGAUAAUGGCAGACACGGGGAGAUUCCGGUGCCCGGAAAACAGCAAUCGGUGCUUUCCUUUCAUAAGAAGGAAACCCCGGAUAUAAAAGUGGUGAAGGGAGAUGGGUUUCCAACGAAGGUGAUAUUCAAUGGGGAAGAAUGUGCUUUGCCUAAGAGAUUGCCCAAGAAGAAUGGAAGUUGCCGGUUAACCGGUGCCGGAAUCUUGUCGGCGGUUGUUGUUGCGUUUUUGACGUUUGUUGUCAUUAGUUUUAAUUAA